CCCAAGGUCAAAUCAUCUUCCAUCACCAUAUAUUUGAAGGCACUCAUUCUUUCACUCAUUCAGUAAAUUUUUAUUGCAUGCCUACUAUGUGCUGGGCUCUGUGCUACUGAACACAGUAAACUAGCAAGGUCUCAGUGACUGGACAGCUUAGGUUCCAGUGAGGAAGACAGCCUAGAAAUCAGUGUCUGCUGUCCCUGUCCUAGCUCAGCCAAUCCACUCUCUCAAUUGACAAAAGGGUCUCUUUUGUUGUGUCAGAGGGGGCCGCUUGGUCAGAGCAGCUUGGGGAUAUUUCCACUGUGAGGACACUGAUGACUAAGAAAGAGACGCUUGGCCUGGCCAAUGGGGACAGCUGCAGCUGUUGUGAGUUACCAGCCAAGAGCCAGUAGGUGAAGGGAGUGGCUUCCUGUUGAGCUGAGAUCUUUGAGUCUAGCUUGGAAGUUAAGGCGUCCCAGAAACAAAAUUGUCAGGGAGCCCACUAAGGAUCUGUGGAAUUUUUAUUAUAAAAAUACUAAACCCAGCUCUGAGGUCGGUGCCCGACUCCACCAACUUGAAAGAAAGUCUCAGUUCCUCAGACAAUUGUGAUCCUGAGCAAACAGCAAAAAGAAAAGAAAAGGAAAAUAAAAAAGAUGGCUCAGCUCUGUGCCAGCACUAGUGGGAUGGACUGCGGCCAGGAGCCAGAGCGGAGAGGAGGAGGAGGAGGAAGGGAUGAGGGGUGAGCGGCCCUCCUGGCGACUACAUAAGGGAAGGUUUCUUUUAAAGAGAUUUUAUAUAUAUAAUUGAUUUCAGAGAGGAAGGAAAAGGGAGAGAUAUAAACAUCAAUGAUGAGAGAGAAUUGAUUGGCUGCCUCCUGCAUGCCCCCAACUGGGGAUCGAGCCUGCAACCCAGGCAUGUGCCCUUGACCAGAAUCGAAACGCAGCCCCUUCCGUGCACAGGCCGACGCUCUAGCCACUGAGCCAAACCGGUGAGAGCUGUAGAGGAAGGUUUCUGAUGUGCAGAUUUUGCAAGAGAUGUUGGUGGGAUGCACUGGUCUGAGCAAGACCUUCACCCACAAGUUACAGUCCCAGCCAGGGGUCCUGCAGCGAGGUGCUCUGUGGCGAAAGUGAUACAUGCUGGGCUGUGACCCAAGCAGCAACUCAGGGCUUGGGCAGCAAGAAAUGAGGAUUUCCACGCACUCUCCCUCCACCCCAAACUACUCUCCCACAUGCAGGCUGCUGGUCCAGAUGUGGCUUUACCUCACUAUUGUAGGUUUUUAAAAAUACAUAUAGUUUCAUUGAUUUCAGAAAGGAAGGGAGAAGAUAGAAAUAUCAAUGAUGAGAGUCAUUGAUCAGCUGCCUCCUGCAUGCCCCACACUGGGGACCUAGCCUGCACCCGGGCAUGUGCCCUGACCUGGAAGCUAACCAUGACCUCCUGGUUCAUAGGUCGACACUCAACCACUGAGCCAGACCGGCCAAGCGGCUCCUGUUUUUUUUACCCUUUUGACAGUUCUGGUGACACUGUCUGCUCAUAAGCCUUCCUCUGCUCCUUGAGGCCAUGUCUUGCUCAUCUUUAUAACAACAGCAUCUGGCCCUGUUCAGGGAGUGUUGCAGGUGCCACUAAUGUUUGAAUAAAUAUCUGUUUAUCACAACUAUUUGCCCAGUCCCUAAUCUAGAGGCUCUGGAAUAAGCAGCAUCACAGAUUUUAGAAUCAGUCUACGUAUCACAUGCAGAAAGGUGAGAUGGGCCAAGAAGAUUCUUUCUGGGGUCUGAAGUGGAAAACGUGGAAUGAUAAGGCAGCAGAGGAAGCAAAGCAGCUUCAAAGAUGUGUGGGAAAUGGAUAAACUGUGUGGCCCCUCUGAUCUUUAGUGUCCGUGCUUGUAACAUGGGGACCUCACAGGUAGAGGAAGGAGACCCCAAAAAUGGCCAUGAAAGUAUUUUGUGAAGUGUAAAAUGAACACAGGUAAAAUGAUUAAUAAAGCUUAUUGAUAAGUCUCAUGCAGUAGUGCCAAUCUAUUUCUGUGAUCUUACACCUGAUCUUAAGGUCCUCUUUUAUACAUUCAGCACAAUGGUAACUGCAUUGCUGGAUUGGCUUGAGGAGGCAAUGCGUAAGGCAUAAAAAGUGCUUCUUAUAUGGAUAGCUUCUUUUAAAAAAUGUUUUUAUUGAUUUUAGAGAUCAUCACUGUUUCACCAGCCAUGAGAGGAUCAGCUCUGUUACUAGGAAGCUAGCUGAUUUUAAAGGGAGAGAGAAAGAGAGAGAGAUGGAUUGGCUGCCUCCCAUAUGCACCCCACUGGGAUGAAACCUGAAACCUGGGGAUGCGCCCUGACUGGAAUUGAACCUGUGACCUUUCAGUGCAUGGGAGAUGCUCAACUGAGCCACACAGGCCAGAGCUGGAUAGCUUCUUAAAAAACAGACUCCUGGCAUCCCAUCUCUGCCAUCUUCCUAAUUGGGAUUCUUUGGGGAUGGAGACUAAACAUCUGAAUUUUAAAUAAGCGUCCUCGGUGAUUGAUUAGGGUGGUCCAGGGAGACUUUAAGAAACACUGAAAGGAUUAAGUUGUGUGUGUGUGUCAGGGGUGGGAAGACAAGUACUAUCAUAUGUGGCCAUGAGAUGGCAGCAGAGAGAGGCAAGGUGAGGGGCUGGGAGUGGGCAGACUUGGGGAUGGGUUGUGGGAGGAGCUGGGCCCUAUAGUUCAGCACGGUCAUCUUUGCCAGCUGAAGUCUAUUACUGCAGACUACUCCCCUGUGACCGCCUGUCUGAUUACCAGGUCUUUACAGACGCUUUGCUUUUGCCAAACUCUGCCAGCAGAAACCGCACCAGUGUGACCUUGGUUGGCUGAGGGGUUAGUAAUGUGUGUUCCACAUGGUGAGUAUGGGAGGCAAGGGCUGUCACCUGCACAAGGCAGCUUAGUGAAAGGGCAUCAGUGCAUGUUGAAGCAGGGUUUCCCCAUCCCCCUGCUGCCAGGCUUGUGGUUCCAGGUGCUCUGAAAGGGUUCACCUGAACCCAGCCUGCUCCAGUCACGAGAGGAUGAGCUCUGUUGCUGGGAAGCUGGCUGAAGGCCAAGCAAAGGAUGCUGGGAUGGGGUGGUGGCAGGGAACAUGGGACGAGGCAGCUGUCUCUGGAAGCAGACAAGCUGUCCCUGGCUUCAGCAGGGGUGGGGCGGUAAGAGGAUUAGGUGACAGUCCCCUAACUCAGCCCGGAACUAACACCCCGCCCCCCCCUCACUCAUGAGCCUUGGCCUGCCCCGCUCCGAGCCUGCCAACGUUCAGAAUAACCCUGAGGACCAGACAGCAGGAUGGCAGGGGCUCUGCUCAGCGCCCUAUUCCUCUUGCAGCUUCUUGGCCGAGGUGAGGGGAAUGAGGAGUUGCGCCUUUAUCACCAUCUUUUCGACAAUUAUGACCCACAAUGCAGGCCAGUGAGGGAGCCUGAGGACACUGUCAGCAUCAACAUCAAGGUCACCCUGACCAACCUCAUCUCGCUGAACGAGAAAGAGGAGACCCUCACCACCAGCGUCUGGAUUGGAAUCGACUGGGACGAUUACCGACUCAACUUCAGCAAGGAGGACUUUGGGGACAUCGGAAUCCUGCGGGUCCCGUCCAAACACGUAUGGCUACCAGAGAUUGUGCUGGAAAACAACAUCGACGGCCAGUUCGGGGUGGCUUACGACUGCAACGUGCUGGUCUCCGAGGGCGGCCACGUCAGCUGGCUGCCCCCCGCCAUCUACCGCAGCGUCUGCGCCGUGGAAGUCUCCUACUUCCCCUUCGACUGGCAGAACUGCUCGCUCGUCUUCCGCUCUGAGACGUACAAUGCCCAAGAGGUGGAGUUCGUCUUUGUGGUGGGCGAUGACGGCGAAACCAUCAGCAAGAUCGAUAUCGACACUGAGGCCUACACCGAGAACGGCGAGUGGGCCAUCGACUUCUGCCCCGGGGAGAUCCACCGCCAGGACGGAGGCUCCGCUGACGGCGCAGGGGGCAUUGACAUCGUGUACACGCUCAUCAUUCGCCGGAAGCCGCUCUUCUACAUCAUUAACAUCAUUGUGCCCUGCGUGCUCAUCUCAGGCCUGGUGCUGCUCGCCUACUUCCUGCCGGCGCAGGCCGGCGGCCAGAAAUGCACCGUCUCCAUCAACGUCCUGCUCGCCCAGACCGUCUUCUUGUUCCUGAUCGCCCAGAAAAUCCCCGAGACGUCGCUGAGCGUGCCGCUGUUGGGCAGGUACCUCAUCUUCGUCAUGGUGGUUGCCACGCUCAUUGUAAUGAAUUGCGUCGUCGUGCUCAACGUGUCUUUGCGGACGCCCACCACUCACGCCACGUCCCCGCGGCUGCGCCACGUCUUGCUGGAGCUGCUGCCGCGCCUCCUGGGCUCGGGCGCGCCCCCGGAGGCCCCCGGGGCAGCCUCGCCCCCAAGGCGAGCAUCGUCCGUGGGCCUGUUGCUCCGCGCGGAGGAGCUGAUACUGAAAAAGCCGCGGAGCGAGCUCGUGUUUGAGGGGCAGAGGUACCGGCACGGCACCUGGACGGCUGCCCUCUACCAGAGCCUGGGCGCCGCCGCCCCCGAGAUCCGCUGCUGUGUGGACGCCGUGAACUUCAUGGCCGAGAGCACGCGAGGCCAGGAGGCCAGCGGCGAGGAGGUGUCCGACUGGGUGCGCAUGGGGAAGGCCCUGGACAACAUCUGCUUCUGGGCGGCGCUGGUGCUCUUCAGUGUGGGCUCCAGCCUCAUCUUCCUGGGGGGCUACUUAAACCAAGUGCCCGACCUGCCCUACCCGCCGUGCAUGUAGACCUGCGCUGGUGGCCGCCUGAUUUCAGCUUUCCUAUCCGUCUCCAGGAGGAAACAGAUUUUGAAAAACAAGUUGCUACCACUGCUAUAUUAUGAUCCUUUACCACCACGGAUAAUAAAUCAGUAUUUUGUAAACACGUGUUGCCUGUGCACAAGUGUGUACGUCUGGUCACUGCGCAGGGAUUAGAAAGAGGAAAGACUUUUUAAAAACUUUAUUGAUUUUGAAGAGGAAGGGAGAGAUACAAGUAUCAAUAAGAGAGAAUCAUUGAUUGGCUGCCUCCUGCAUGCAUGCCCCACACUGGGUAUCGAGCCCAUAACCUGGCACGUGCCCUGACCGGAACUGAACCGUGACCUCCUGGUUCACAGGUCCCUGCCCACCACUGAGUCAGUCAAGAUGGUUGUUCAAGCAGCUCCUGAAUGCCAGUCCUCUGGGAAGCAAAGACCACCCUAGACCUAGCCUUGCUGAUCUUCCAGUUUUGCUCAGGCUCCAGCCGCGUAGGACCUUCUAGCCCUGUGAGCUUCUAAGCUGGCAGCUAUUCGAUGGCCACACAGGAGAGACACGGUUGCUGGGACCAAAUGCCCUCAGGGCAGGCCCCCACAGGCCCAGAGAAUAAGGCUGAGGAUGCCCUGGCCCUCCCUCCGUCAUUUCUUCUACGUUUUCUUGGUCAAGUACUGCCCACCUACUUGAAUCCCCAAGACUCAUUGUAGAUUCCACCCCACCCUACCCCCUUCGUCUUAACUCUGCUUGCUUGCCCUGGCGAGUAGCUGGACUGUGAGAGAAAACAGAAUAAAAAGGGGUCUGAAGUG